GCUCUGCCGGACGCCAUGCGGGUGCCGCCGCUGCUCCUGGCGCUCACAGCGCUGCUGGCGCCCCGCCGGAGCGCGGCUUCCCGCGGGGAGCAGCCGCCCGCAGUGCCUUCACCAACAGAGAUUGUAGUAAGAUCUGAAAAUUUCAAAACUCUUUUGCAUUGGCAGUAUCCACCUGUGUCUGAAACUCCUCAUUUUAUUGUGGAAAUCAAGCCUUACAAUCUGUUUUACAGUUUUGGUGACUAUAAGAACAUCUCAACUUGUGUGAACACUUCAGCUCAUUUUUGUGAUCUCUCAGGGGAGAUAUGUGAGCCUUAUUCGUCUCACUGGCUUCGACUUAAAGCUAUUAUUGGGUCACAACAGUCUGAAUAUGUUGAGACAAAUGAAUUUAUUUUGCAAAGGCAUGGAAAAAUAGGACCACCAAAACUGAAUCUCUCAAGGCAUGGUGAUAAAAUCGUAGUUGAUAUUUACCAUCUUUUAUUCCCUCAUUCUUGUAUUGAAGACAUUUAUUUAAAGCUCGAGUACCUGGUGACUUUUCGGAAGAGUGAAAAUGAGAUUGAAGAGUUCUAUGCAGACAAUUGUACAGUGGAUAAAUGUAGCCUCAACAUCGCAGUUCCUGCUGAAGGUUCUACUUACUGUGUUUCAGCAAAGGGAAUUUUUGAAGAACUGAUGAUUGGCACCCCAUCAGAGGAAAGCUGCAUUCUUGUUCCUGUUGAGCAGACAUUGAGUGUACUAGUUAUCAUCAUUGUGUGUGUUAUUGGGAGCCUGAGCAUAAUCUUGAUGGUAUAUUGUUGUGGCUGCAAGAGACUAAGGAAAAAGAACGUAAAGCUGCCUAAAUCUUUGGUCAGUGUGAUGAGAAAUCUAAAUAAAGACACCUUACCUAUAAGGCCAAAAUCGGAGGGAAAGUAUAUAUCUGUAAUAAGCUUCAUGUCAGGCCAGUCAGCAUUGCCAGUGAAUGGUGAAGUAACCUUGCUGGAGAUAGAGCCAGAAGAAGAAACUGUUAGUCCUAAGAAUUCCGACGAAGGAGAAUCUUCUGUUCCUACCCCAGAGGCACCAGCCAAAGCAGAAGAGGAGACUGUGCAGGAAACCACAGAGGAGGUAUCUUUUGAUGCUGAUGAACAGAAUUACAAAGUAAAAGAGAGUUAUUUCAUUUCUGACAGUAGCCAAAUGGAUAUAUGCAGUAACUCUUCAGGUACAGAGGUUUCUCCCACAGAAACACAGCAAAAAGUCAUUCCAAGCAGCUGUUUCAAGUUUUCUGGCUAUGACAAGCCUCAUGUUCCAUUAGAUAUGUUGAUGAUAGAUGUUGGUGAAGAACAGUCUGUGAAUACUUACAGGCCAACUGAGUAACCAGGAUAACCGAAGUGUUUAGCCAGAGGUUUAACUCAGGAGAAACAACAUUACUGAAGAUUAUGGAAAAUCUGGGUUAAAUUGUGAACAUCUGCAAGUUGUACUUCUUCUGAUCCAACCAAAGUAACCAGUACACAAGUGAAAGUAGUGCCUGAAAAUUGCAUAAAAAAUGUAGGGAAAUUUCAUAAUAACCACUUUUAGAAGUGUUUUUGUAUGAUAUAAUUUAGUAUUUCCUAUUUGAAAUAGUAUUCUGUGUUUUUUAACAAUACUCUACAGGAAACAUACCAUUAGUCACUUCUGUUUCAGAUCCUUUUCAAAAUUGUGUCGAUGAACACAGUGCUGAAGAAGUCCUUUAUUUGAUUAUGAUAGAGAUGUGCAAGAAACGUUUGAGAGUUUUUCCCAUUAUUGGAGGUGCCCUCUUGAUUGUCUUCUUCUCUUGAGUAUUUUUAUAUUAAAUGCUAAUAUUUCUUUUAAGGACAAGUAUGAUUAUAAGCUCUUCCUGUAUAAUUUAAGAAUUUGAUUCCAUAUUAAAGAAGUAGGGAGUAAUGGCCAUAAACU